UCAGCCCUCAUCUUCUUUGAGUACAUUGUGACUUUCUCUGAAGAGGUUCGCGUCAUCUGGGGAGCCAGGUUCACCACUGUCAGCGUCAUCUUUGCCUUCAACCGUUAUCUGCUCAUGAUACAAGGCAUAAGUUUCGCACUGGAUCUCGUCUGGUGGCAUACUCCACUGGUAAUCAUCCUCGUCGCGCGCAUCUGCCCGGUUGUAUCCGAUUUGAUCGUGCUGCUUGUCACUUGGUAUAAAACAUCUGGACUCGCCAUUCAAGCGCGCAGAUUACGGUUGAGAGCAAAGAUCGCGACAUUGCUGAUGAGAGACGGUGAGUAUGUGUGGCCCUUUGAGUGCACGUGA